GCACCUGUCGCCCGCCCGCCCGUCUCUCACGGCGAGGGGCUCGGGGGCUGCCGGAGGCUCCGGGCCGCGGUGCCCCCUGCGCGCCGGGGACGUCGAAGCAAAGCCGGCAGGGGUGCCCCGCGGUUGGGCGAGGCCGGUGCCGCGCUCGGCGGGCGCCGCGGGGAGCGGCGGGCAAAUGGCCGGCGGCGGUGAGUCACCGCCGGGCCCCACCUGCCGUACUUAACCCGCCGCCGGGCGGCCGGCGCCGCACUCGCGGGCUGCGCUGCCGCCGUGGCCGGGAGCGGCUUCUUCCUCCUCCACCUCCUCCGCACGGGGCGCUCGGCAGAGGCGAGGCAGGCGCUGCAUGAACGUUUGUGUCGGGAGUAGCAGAAGCAGCAGCAGCAGCAGCCCUCAAAAUGCCGAAACCGAUCAACGUUCGAGUUGUUACUAUGGAUGCAGAGCUGGAGUUUGCCAUCCAGCCAAACACUACAGGCAAACAGCUGUUUGACCAGGUGGUUAAAACCAUAGGUUUGCGAGAAGUGUGGUACUUUGGUCUUCAGUAUGUGGACAACAAAGGAUUCCAAACUUGGCUGAAGCUUGAUAAAAAGGUUUCUGCUCAAGAAAUCAGAAAGGAGAAUCCCCUCCAGUUCAGAUUCCGUGCCAAGUUCUUCCCAGAGGAUGUGUCCGAAGAGCUGAUUCAGGACAUCACGCAGAAGCUGUUCUUCCUGCAGGUGAAGGAAGGGAUCCUCAGUGAUGAGAUCUACUGUCCUCCUGAAACAGCAGUACUUCUUGGCUCCUAUGCUGUGCAGGCCAAAUUUGGAGAUUACAACAAAGAGGUGCACAAGCCUGGAUACCUCAAUUCAGAGCGUCUGAUCCCCCAAAGGGUGAUGGACCAGCAUAAACUCUCCAGAGAGCAGUGGGAAGAACGGAUCCAAGUGUGGCACGCUGAGCACAGUGGCAUGCUCAAAGAGAAUGCCAUGCUGGAAUACCUGAAAAUUGCCCAAGACCUGGAGAUGUACGGAAUCAACUACUUUGAAAUCAAGAAUAAGAAAGGAACUGACCUUUGGUUGGGGGUCGAUGCCUUGGGGCUCAACAUCUAUGAAAAGGAUGAUAAACUAACUCCGAAGAUUGGGUUCCCCUGGAGCGAAAUCAGAAACAUCUCUUUCAAUGACAAGAAGUUUGUUAUAAAGCCUAUUGACAAGAAGGCACCAGACUUUGUGUUUUAUGCCCCUCGCCUGAGAAUUAACAAGAGGAUCCUGCAGCUCUGCAUGGGCAACCAUGAACUGUACAUGCGGCGCAGGAAGCCCGACACCAUUGAGGUGCAGCAGAUGAAAGCCCAGGCCCGGGAGGAGAAGCACCAGAAACAACUGGAAAGGAAACAACUAGAAGAUGAAAAGAAGAGGAGAGAGACAAUUGAGAGGGAGAAAGAGCAAAUGCUGAGGGAGAAGGAGGAGCUGCUGGUGAGGCUACAAGAGUAUGAAGUGAAGACUCAGAAAGCAGAGAAAGAGCUAUCAGAUCAGAUCCAAAGAGCCAUUCAGCUGGAGGAGGAGAGGAAACGGGCCCAGGAAGAGGCAGAACGCUUGGAAGCUGAACGUUUGGCAGCUCUGCAGGCCAAGGAAGAGCUGGAGAGACAAACUAUGGACCAGAUAAAGAGCCAGGAACAGCUGGCUACAGAGCUUGCAGAGUAUACAGCCAAGAUAGCACUUCUUGAAGAGGCAAGGAAGCGUAAAGAGAGUGAGGUUGAAGAGUGGCAAAUCAGAGCCAGGGAAGCACAGGAGGAUCUGGUAAAGACCAAGGAGGAGUUACACCUAGUAAUGACUGCUCCACCUCCACCUCCACCCCCUGUCUAUGAGCCAGUGAAUUACCACGUCCAUGACAACUUGCAAGAUGAGGGCUCUGAGUACUCCGCCUACAGCGCUGAGUUCUCUAGUGAGGGCAUCAGGAAUGACCGCAACGAAGAGAAGCGCAUUACUGAGGCAGAGAAGAACGCACGAGUGCAGAGCCAGCUGAGGGCACUGACAGAUGAGCUGGCCCAGGCUCGACAUGAGGACAAGAGGACCCAAAACGAUAUCAUCCACUCGGAGAACAUGCGCCAGGGACGGGACAAGUACAAGACGCUGCGGCAGAUCCGGCAAGGCAACACCAAGCAGAGAAUUGAUGAGUUUGAGGCAAUGUAAAGAUGCUUUUAAGUAGAAGACAGGACUGUGGGAAGGGCAGAUCUUAAUGCUGUGUUCUUGUUUAGGGGUUUUUACUGUAUUGGUUUUUUGUUGUUUUUUUUUUUUUCCUCUGAGGAGGGGUCACUGUAUGACUCUUAACCAAUGUUCUCUAAACCCAGAGGUGUUUGAAUCUUCCUUUUAUUCUGAACCUUCUGUGAAAUUUGGUAUAGUUUAAAACUUAUUGUACCACAGAUCCUGGUAACUUGCUUAUGCCUUUACUUAGUGCCAAAAGGCCUUAUGUCACAUCUCUCUUUAAGCAAGACAAAUUUUAACAGGCAGUGCUUCUAUUUAAAGAUGUGUGUCCUGUGCAGGUGCUGGAUUCAGCCUGGUCUAAAAGAUAAGCAUCUGUGGGUGAAUUUUGUGCCAUAUAUCUUUGUAUUAUUAGCUACAGUGUAAAGUGUAACAGCUGAGAAGACAGGUUGUGGAACUCAGGAUUUUCAAGCACCUGUAUGUGUGUUGUACAUCCACGCAGAGGUGCUUGUAAAUCCUGUUUUUUUCUUGGUCUUGAUGCUCAUGUUCCCCCUUCCCUGCCCCCCCACACAAAAGAACUGACAACACCUCAGAACUACUUUGUGUAGAAAUUGAUAUUUUCUAGUUGCUCUUCUCAACUGGAGAAAUGGUGCAGUGAUGGCUCAGAAGUGGCAUAGGGACACUGAUACCCUCUUCAUGUAACAAGUAGCAAAUACUCCUGGAAUCUAAGACACCACUGUGUUUGCAUUCCAGCUUCAUUACUGAUCAGUUGUAGUGUAGUAUUUAUAAAUAUAUAUAUAAAACAUGCAAUAUGUGAAUUGCAGUACUAGUUUAAGGGAAAUAGUUUUGCUCUGUAUAUUUUGUUACUUUUCAGAUUUAAUAAGACUUGCAUCUGUAAAAAUGCCUAAGCAAGACUGUAGUCUGAUACAGUGCAGCUGAUUAUUUACUAUAAAGCAUUAUUUGUAAAGAUCAUUUUUUUACUUAAUGAAAACUGUUAUAUGUACACAUGAUCCAAUAUAUACAAUUUUACUGCACCUAUUUUUCUAACAAAUUUUCUAAUUUUUUUAAAUGUUUGAUUUAAAGUUUCAGACUCCAAAGAUGAAGGGACUGCUUGUUUAUAUCACAGUUGUAUUCUCUCUAGUAGAGAGCAUUUCUGUGACCAUCCUUCCCCCACUCUCCCCUUUUUUCCUUGAAAAUCUGUUAGAAAGUGAGAUACAGUACAUUGUCACCUCUUCAUUUACAAUAUCUAUGCUGCGUUAUACUUGAGUUGAAUCUUGUGUGGGGUUUUUUUAUUUGCAGCAGCCAUCUAAAUAAAAGAUCUGCAAAGUAACAAAG